GUGAUGCUUCAGAGACUGACAACCUCUGGGCUGAUGGAGAAGAUGGAGUAUCCUUCAUACACCCCAGCAGCGAGCUCUAUCUGCAGCCUCUGGCAGUCACCGAGAACCACGGAGAGGUAGAAAUCCGAAGGCACCUCAACUGCAGUCACUGCCCUUUGAAAGACUGCCAAUGGCAGGCAGAGCUCCAGUUGGCUGAGUGCCUGUGCCCAGAAGACAUGGAGCUAGCUGUGGAUAACGUCACCUGCAUGGACCUGCCCAACCCCCCAGGCCCUCUGGUUCUGAUGGUGACUGUGGUGGCAACCUCAACACUGAGCCUCUUUAUGGUGUGUGGGGUCCUGAUUCUGGUGAAGCAGAAGAAGUGGCAGGGCCUGCGGGAGAUGAGGCUGCCGGGCCCUGAGCUUGAGCUGAGCAAGCUUCGAACCUCUGCCAUCAGGACGGCCCCCAAUCCCUAUUACUGCCAGGUGGGGCUUGGCCCGGCCCAGUCCUGGCCUCUGCCCCCAGGUGUCACCGAGGUCUCCCCAGCCAAUGUUACUCUGCUCAGAGCCCUGGGCCAUGGUGCCUUUGGGGAGGUGUAUGAGGGACUGGUAAAUGGCCUUCCUGGGGACUCCAGUCCCCUGCAGGUGGCCAUCAAGACCCUGCCAGAACUCUGCUCUCCUCAGGAUGAGCUGGACUUCCUCAUGGAGGCACUCAUCAUCAGCAAGUUUCGCCAUCAGAACAUCGUGCGGUGUGUGGGGCUCAGCCUCAGGGCCGCCCCUCGCCUCAUUCUGCUGGAACUGAUGUCUGGAGGGGACAUGAAGACUUUCCUGAGGCACAGUCGUCCACACCUGGACCAGCCAUCACCUCUGGUCAUGCGGGACCUGCUGCAACUGGCCCAGGACAUAGCCCAGGGCUGCCACUAUCUGGAGGAAAAUCACUUCAUCCACAGGGAUAUUGCUGCGCGGAACUGCCUGCUGAGCUGCACUGGGCCCAGCCGUGUGGCCAAGAUUGGGGACUUCGGGAUGGCACGAGAUAUCUACCGGGCCAGUUAUUACCGCAGGGGGGACCGGGCCUUGCUCCCAGUCAAGUGGAUGCCCCCAGAGGCCUUCCUGGAGGGCAUCUUCACAUCCAAGACAGAUUCCUGGUCUUUUGGGGUGCUUCUCUGGGAGAUCUUCUCACUGGGCUACAUGCCCUAUCCUGGGGGCACCAACCAGGAGGUGCUGGACUUCGUCGUUGCAGGGGGCCGGAUGGACCCUCCUAGGGGCUGCCCAGGGCCUGUGUACCGCAUCAUGACCCAGUGUUGGCAGCACGAGCCUGAGCUCCGCCCCAGCUUUGCCAGCAUCUUGGAGCGUCUUCAGUACUGCACUCAGGACCCUGAUGUGCUGAAUUCACCCCUGCCAAUGGAGCUGGGGCCCACCCCAGAGGAGGAAGGGGCUUCUGGGCUGGGGAACAGAUCUUUGGCGUGCCUAAGACCCCCACAGCCCCAGGAACUGAGUCCAGGGAAGUUGAAAAGCUGGGGAGGUAGCCCUCUUGGCCCCUGGUUUUCCUCUGGCCUCAAGCCCCUCAAAUCCAGGGGCCUCCAACCUCAGAACCUUUGGAAUCCCAUCUAUCGCUCCUAAGCCCCAAGGAGCCCUUAGGUUGAGGACUGAGGCACUGAGGGGCCCUCCCUGUACUCCUCAGUCUCCUGGGUGGCCUGUUAUGCCAGCGGCCCGUUCCCUGCAGUCUGUGCCGUGUGUCUGGGCCUGUCUCGGGGCUGGCCUGGCAGCACUGCACUUGACAUGCUGGAAACCAGCCCAGGCCUCCCAGGGAAAGGCCCAGCCACUUCCAGCUUUUGAUCUUUGGGCCAGAGGCCACCUUACACACACCCCAAGUGUCCAUAGGGAGCACUGGAUUGCCCUCCUGCUAUGAGCAUCCUUCAUCUGGGCAGAACCCCACCCUGCAGAUGCUUCUAAUAAAAAGCGCUUCUCAUCUUCCA